UGAAGACUUGUCCUUGCGAGAUACGAAACACGUCUCCCUUUCAAACGAUUAGAAAAGCGCAUAGAAGGAAGGGGGCUUGUAUUCGCAACAAAAAGAUAAAAGCCAAACAGCCUAGCCCUUGUUCUCUCGCCUUCCCGACUUAGCCGUUGCUCACGAAACCCCUCCACGUCACCGUCUGAAUCAAACUCUCUCUGGUAUUCAUACACCAUAUUUCUCUGUAAGUUUUUUUUUGGCUUCAUUCAUAACCAUAAGUCGCUAUGGUUUGCAUCUGUGGUCACGGCCCAUCUCCUUCCCCUUCGCUUCUCUACCAACCGCCGCCACAUUAAUUGGCCUCUCGCUCCUCUAUUCCUCUGCCCCAAUCGGAACAUCCCACGCGCCAGAAUGAUCGAUUCCGUUCUCCUGGCACUCUUCUUGCCCUGCCUUGGCAUGAGCGCCGUCUUCAUGGUCUAUAUGUGCCUUCUCUGGUACGCCACCACCCACCGCCCGCAGGUCGUAUUGCCGUCCAAGCCCGCGCCGGAGAAGGGCUUGUCGGCGUCAGAGCUGGAGAAGAUGCCCAAGGUCACCGGGAAGGAACUGAUGAUGGGGAGUGAUUGCGCGGUGUGUCUCGACGAGAUCGAGAACGACCAACCGGCUCGGAUGGUUCCGGGUUGCAACCACGGGUUCCAUGUGGAAUGCGCCGAUGCCUGGCUUUCCAAGCACCCUCUCUGCCCGGUUUGUAGAGCCAAGCUGGACCCUCAGCUUCUCAAUUCCUGCGAAAAUCCCUGUUGACUGUUAGCUCAACUUUCAUUGAUGCAACACUCGCCGCCGUUCAUCGCCGUUGGGGAAAUUAAUACAGGGUGAAAACAGCUCGUUUGCCGUCGGCGCUCUGCGUCGUGUAGAAAUUAGUUAUAAAGUGGUGUGCGUUCUGGUUCUGGAGGAAUGUAGCCAGGAAAGUUUAUGUUUCUGGGAUUGUAACAUUGAUUUGCCUAUUAUGAGUGUGGAGGCGGAGGAUUUAUGUUCUCAAUCUGAUUGAUUGAUUAUAUAUUCUGUUUUCGGCGUUCAAA